AGUCUUUCCACAGAUCUCAUUUCUCAAAUGGAGUUAGAAAAAGUUCACGUGGUUUUGUUCCCAUACAUGUCCAAAGGGCACAUGAUACCUAUGCUUCAGCUAGCCCGUCUCCUCCUCUCCCACUCCUUCGCCAGAGACAUCUCCGUCACCGUCUUCACCACUCCUUUAAACCGUCCUUUCUUCGCCGACUCACUCUCCGGCACCAAAGCAACCGUCAUCGCCCUCCCUUUCCCCAAGAACGUCCCGGAGAUCCCACCCGGCCUGGAAUGCACCGACAAGCUCCCGGCUAUCUCCUCCCUCCACGUGCCUUUCACGAGAGCCACCGAGUCAAUGCAGCCCGACUUCGAGCGAGAGCUCGCGUCCCUGCCACGCGUCAGUUUCAUGGUCUCAGACGGUUUCUUGUGGUGGACGCUGGAGUCGGCUCUGAAGCUAGGGUUUCCUCGGCUUGUUUUCUUGGGUAUGAACUGCGCUUCCCCCUGUAUACUGGACAGUGUCUUUGAAAACCAGCUUCUGUCUAAGGUUAAGUCCGAGACGGAGGCGGUUGCCGUACCGGAGUUUCCAUGGAUUAAGGUUAGAAAAUGCGAUUUCGUUGAAGAUAUGUCUGAUGCGAAACUCGCCACGGAUCCUGGAUUCAAGCUUAUCAUAGAUCAAGUCACGUCUAUGAGUAAAAGUCAAGGUAUCAUAUUCAACACGUUCGAUGACCUUGAGCCGGUGUUUAUAGAUUUCUAUAAGCGUACUCGCGAGCUCAGGCCAUGGACACUUGGACCACUUUGUCUUGCCAAAAACUCCUUGGAGGACGAGGGAGCAGAGAAGGUCAAAACUGUUUGGAUGAAAUGGCUAGAUGAAAAGCGAGACAAGGGAUGCAAUGUUCUCUACGUGGCUUUUGGCUCACAAGCCGAGAUCCAGAGAGAACAAGUAGAGGAGAUUGCGUUAGGGUUGGAAGAAUCAAAGGUGAACUUUCUUUGGGUGUUGAAAGGAAACGAGAUAGGGAAAGGGUUCGAAGAGAGAGUGGGAGAGAGAGGAAUGGCGGUGAAAGAUGAAUGGGUUGAUCAGAGGAAGAUACUAGAGCACGAGAGUGUUAGAGGGUUCUUGAGCCACUGUGGGUGGAAUUCUCUGAUGGAGAGCAUUUGCGCUGGGGUUCCAAUCUUGGCGUUUCCAGUAGCGGCCGAGCAGCCUUUGAAUGCGAUACUGGUGGUGGAAGAGCUGAGAGUGGCGGAGAGAGUGGUGGCGGCGAGUGGUGGUGUUGCGAGAAGAGGAGAGGUUGCAAAGAAAGUGAAGGAGUUGAUGGAGGGAGAGAAAGGGAAAGAGCUGAGGAGGAAUGUGGAAGCAUAUAGUAAGAUGGCGAAGAAGGCUUUGGAGGAAGGUGUUGGUUCUUCUUGGAAGAAUUUAGACAACCUAAUCAACGAGUUUUGUAACAAUGGAACAUGAUGUUAAAC